AUGCCUUCUUCGUUCUUUGUCAUUGGCACCGCUGUUAUCCUUCUGGCGGGAAUCUUCAUCCACAACUAUAGCAAGGGGUCCAAAGUACCGCCCCACGCGAAACUGCCUCCUGGGCCAAAGGGCAAACCGAUCGUGGGCAACCUGUUGGACAUUCCGCCAAAACACUCAUGGUUGAAGUUCAAGGAAUGGGCCGACCAAUACGGGCCGAUCUAUCGCCUCGACAUCUUUGGGCGCAACCUCGUCGUGGUGUCGACGGAGAAAAUUGCCAAUGACCUGCUGCGGGAGCGAGGAAACAUCUACUCCUCACGCGAACAAUUGCCCAUGGCCGCUCAGCUCAUCUCACGGGGCUUGAGGCCUCUGUUUCUGCCACAUGGAGACUUGUGGCGACGAGUGCGCAAAGUGAUGCACAACAUGACUAUGCACGCCUCGGCGACUUCGUACCAGCCGGUUCAGAUCUACGAGUCGGAGCGUCUGCUCCACGACUUGAUCGCCACUCCGGAGAAGUACGAGUCAAUCUUCGAACGAUACGCAGCAGCGGUGGUCCUGCGGUUAUGCUACGGCAAGACGGUUGACACCGGUGACGAGCAGUACGUGCGCGACAUCCUCCAUAUCACCCACACCGUCGAGCGAACGGCCUCUCCUGGGGCCUACCUUGUCGACACGUUCCCGGUCCUCAUGUGGUUGCCCGCGUGGCUCGCGCCGUUCAAGCAGGAAGCAGCCCGGCUGAACGCCUUUGAAGUCAAAACCUUCAGGGGCCUCCUGCUCGAAGUCCGCGACAAGAUGCAGGGGGGAAAGGCUCCAAAGUGCUUCGCGAGAUCCUUCCUCGAGAAACAGGCUGAGUACAACCUUUCGGAUAACGAGGGAGCCUAUGCCAUCGGCACGCUGUUUGAGGCCGGCGCCGGCACCACGGCGGCCAUGAUGAUGUCCUUUGUGCUGUGCAUGUGUCACCACCCCGACUGGCAGAAGAAGAUGCAGGACGAGGUUGACCGCGUCAUUGGUGACAGUCGUAUGCCGGAAUACAGCGACAUACCGUCCUUGCCGACCUGUCGAGCCGUGAUCAAGGAAGUCCUGAGAUGGCGUCCCGUGACCGCUGGCGGUGUACCGCACGAGUUGAUCAAGGACGACGUUUACAACGGGUUUUUCUUCCCCGCCGGCACGAACGUCCAUGCGAACCAAUGGGCCAUCCACCGUGAUCCAGAACUAUACCCCGACCCGGAAACCUUCAACCCUGACCGCUGGCUCUCGCCCAAGUACCCGACCUAUCGCGAACCGCUCGACAAAUUCCCCAGCCUGCAGAACUACUCGUGCUUCGGGUUCGGGCGACGGAUCUGUCCGGGCAUGAACAUUGCCGAGAACUCGCUGAACCUGCUGAUCGCGAGGAUCGCGUGGGCGGCGCAUAUUUCCAAGAGGCCCGGCGUCGAGGUUCCACUGUACGAUUAUACUGUCGGGUUCAAUGUGCAGCCUCGGCCGUUUGUGUUUGAUCUCAAACCACGGAGUGAGGCGAAGAAGACGUUGAUUCAUACCAUCUGGGAGAGCGGAAAGGCUAGGGAUCCGCUCGACGAGGUGAAGACGUUGUAG